AUGGAAGCAGCUUCUUGUACAAGUGACAACCAGUCAACGGGUCAACAUCAUUCUGACGCUUCAUCAAGUGACUCGCUCGCUGAUGAGGGUUUACAAGCCAACCCAGCAACAACUGGUGCUGGCCUUGAUGAGUACAGAACAUCAGCCACCGCUGAAUACGUCGCGAGCUCAACGAAUCAUGCCGCAAUGGAACAAUCGGAGCUUUAUCUUGAGUACUUUCAUUCAUCAAUCAUAAGGGAGGAUUUAGCUACUAUAAAGAAUCCUCGCCUUUCACUGGAUAAAAUGGCAAAUGCUAUCAGAGAAUUGAUAAGAGUGAAAGGCUACAGAUCAUCAGAUCAUGGGAAAGAAUUUAAGUUCAGGUGGACUGACAACUCGACGUACUACCUGGUCAAGUAUUGCAACGAAAUCGGUCCAUUUUACGGCUUGGAACGUCUGAAAUCACCUAGAGUUGAGAAGCUAGAACGAAGCAGCUUCAUAUCUCUUAAAUGGAGUUGUAUUUUGUAUGAUCUUCUGUUGUCAUUACAAUUCGAAAAACAAUAUCAUACCAACAGAGGGUCAAAUUAAACAGAGGUGCAGAUAUCUAACAGACAUGGCACAUCCCAAAUUAUUUGCUGUCACUACAGGAGAUGAGAGAAAUCCUUUCUCGAUUACUGGAGUUGACAAAAUAGAUGACGUUUUGGAACAGCUCUGUAGGCUGAAAAAUGAUUCGGAACUGAGUAAAGCAGAAUACCAUAAACGUGUUACCGACCAACGACAUAAUAAGAGGUCUGUGGGCCAGAUGCUAUGCUCAAAUAGUAUUCCGAGUGUCAUUGAGAGCCUUGUCCCUUUAGACUCUGAUGAGCAGUCUUCCAUAGAUGACGUGAACCAACCUAAUACUAUCACGGUCGAAAAGAGGAACAGAUCAGGCAAGUCGCUGAACUCAAGAGAUGUCGCGUCAUUUGCCCAUUAUUUCUCUGAACUCUCAGCACCAACGAGAGAACUGCAAGAUUCUGCGCUACGAACUAUUGAAGCAACACUUUCGGAAGAAAGGAAACGCGAAGCAAAAGCUCAACAGCAGAUUAUAGAAUUUCAACAACAACAAAUGGAAUACAGCGCUCAAAAAGAAAAGCGUGAACAAUUCGAUCAUGAAGCCAAAAAGAUUAAGACUGUAAUGGAAAUGACGCUCAUGGCCCAAAGCCUAGAAAAGGGGAAUUCUUCAUCGACUAAUGCUGUAAAGAAGAUGCUUCAAGACUUUUUAGCACACUAUGCGUGA